AUGUCUGUCACUCUUCAUACCACCCACGGCGAUCUCAAGGUCGAGGUUUUCUGUGAAGCUGUCCCCAAAACUGCAGAGAAUUUCCUCGCCCUCUGCGCUUCAGGCGCAUAUAACAACACUCCUUUCCACCGCCUGGUUCCUUCCUUUAUGAUCCAAGGUGGGGAUAUAUCUCUGGCCCUACCAUCACCCGAUUUGAAAUCUCCUCCCCAACGCCCUUCGUUCCCGUUUGACAUACCCAAGGGCGGGGCAUCGAUCUACCACCCAGAACCCCUCGAGCAAGAAAUCCACCUCCCGUCCCUCCGACACAAUGCCCGAGGAAUACUUAGCAUGGCAGCAAAAUCGGUAAAACAAAGCAAUGCGAGCUCGGAACCAAAGGAAAUCAACGGAAGCCAGUUUUUCAUCACGUUUGCUCCAGCGUCGCACCUCGAUGGAAAAAGUACUGUUUUCGGGAAGGUCCUGGGUUUAGGGCCCAAAGGGACUGAAGACGACACGCUGACGAAGCUUGAGACGGCGAAAGUGAAAAUCGAUAAGAAGGGCAGGGUUGUGCAGCCGGGUGACAAGGCCAAGAAGAAAGAUACCUCGCAAGCGGAGGGCGACGAAGAAUGGGAAAGGAUUGGGAUCGAGAGCGUGACAAUCCAUGCAAAUCCUUUUGCAGACUGA